AUGACGGGGUACAUCUCUCGAUGGGAUCGCGAAGGUCUACUCAAAGAGCCACAACCGAGGCCAGUCAUACCAAUACCUCUGGUGUAUCAGAACGGGGGUAACGCUGGGGUAAACUACGCACCUACAUGGGUAGCAUGCGCACCCAGUACAUCGGUGGUGACGGUGCCUCUGUACAAUACCAACUACCUCCUUCCGCCGCCUCCGCCUCCGCCUCCGGGCUACCGGGCUACGCAUAGUGUUAUAUACACGCCCGUCACUACAACCACGGCCAUCCCAUCCUCUCCGUGGGUCUACCAUACCACGUACCAGCCUUCGCCAUCUUGGGUCUGCGGGGCAUGGAGAUGGUAA